AUGAAGUUCACUACAGCAAUCAUCGCUUCCCUGGUGGGAACCAGCAUGGCCUUGUUCGACAAGAACCAACCCUGGGGUAAGCGCGACUACGCCUGCGUAAACGUCUACCAAGGCAUCCCCGACAACUCGACCGUCACCGCUGGCCAAACCGUGCGCGUCCGCUUCAACCGCAAGCCCACCGGACGCUGCCCAGACCCAUUGAACCAGUACCCCGGCGACGACUACAGCGUAUGGCUGUACAAUAACCCCGUUCGCAAUCGGGAUGUCAUCUCCUUCGACCAGUCUAUCAAGAUUACGGGUGGAAUCAAGGAGAAGGCGGGACUUGUUGAUGUCACUAUCCCCAAGAACUUGCCUCAGGUCAAGGAUGGCUCGGUUUGGUAUCUGAGGGUUGGAACUUCUCUUUCGACGGCGCCACAAAUGCCCUCCUUGUUCAACGCGGCUGGACCAUUUACAGUUAUUCGUGCAUAG